AUGUGGUUAGCAGGUGCCACCGAGGCGGUGGGGGAUUUCCUCUUGGCCGUCAACGGUGGCGUAGGCUGCAUGGCUCGGACCUCGAGGGUCGUGCUGCAGUGCUGGGGUCGUGACAUCAAUCCCAUUAGGUCUGGAAGCUUGUACAUGGUGGACGUUGGUAGCGGCUUCACAGUCCAGGCAAUUACCAUGGGAUGGACCCACACCUGUGUAUUGUUGAAGCCGGGCGGUGUGGUCAAAUGCUGGGGUGGCAACUGGUACGGCCAGCUGGGCCUGGGACAUGGCACCGACACCGCAAGCAGCGGCUCCCAGGGCUCCAACCAAACAAUGCCCGCCGCCGCACUGGCCUCUCCCGGGAGCCUUGUGGUGGCCACUGCCCUGGAAGCUGGGCAGUACCACACAUGCGCCAUCCUGGGUCCGGAGGGACGAGUCAAAUGCUGGGGUUGUGUCCACGAGGUGUCACAUCUUGCUCACUACAUUUCUAUUUUCAUAUUUCAUAUUUACAGUAUGAACAACCUCGGCCAGCUGGGUCUCGGUGACAACGUCAACCGGGGCACGGAUCCCGCUCAGAUGGGCGCCGCCCUGCCCUUCGUGGACCUGGGUCCGGGACUGGCGGCGGUGGCGCUGGCGGCGGGGGAUGCACACACAUGCGCCGUGCUGCAGCCGGGAGGAAGAGUCAAGUGCUGGGGGAGCAACACUGCCGGGCAGCUGGGGUUGGGUGACAACCGCACCCGAGGACUGCAGCCCACUGACAUGGGGGCCGCACUGCCCUUCGUGGACCUGGGCCCGGGGCUGUACGCCACCGCCAUCGCGGCUGGCCUGGACUACACGUGCGCACUGCUGCAGCCCGGAGGCCGAGUCAAGUGCUGGGGGGCCAAUGGAGGAGGACAGCUGGGUCUGGGUGACAACCGCACCCGAGGACUGCAGCCCACUGACAUGGGGGCCGCACUUCCCUUUGUGGACCUGGGCCCGGGGCUCAACGCCACCGCCAUCGCGGCUGGUUUGCAUCACACGUGCGCACUGCUGCAGCCCGGAUCGUUCCUCAAGUGCUGGGGUGUGGACUAUGACGACCAGCUGGGCCGCGGAGUGCGACGAGUGGUCAACGGGCCGGCUGUUCAGAGGACAGAUUCCAUCGGUGAUGAGCCGGGGGAGAUGGGCGCCUCAUUGCAGCCUGUAGUGCUCAGUCCUGACGUGACGAGGGUCAAGGCAGUGGCUGUUAGCCCCGCCCUUACAUGUGCUGUGGUGGACACCCUCACGCAGGCCGAGCAAGUCAAAUGCUGGGGGAGAUAUGUCUCGGAUAUUCCGCCGGACGCCAUUCGUGGCAACCCUGACAAGCAGCUGGUGUACAAGCCGGGCUUGGGCGCCAUAGGCGACGUCUCAGAGGACAUCAAGCGCAGCCCUCUGCUAGAAUGUAUUCGUUGGGUUCGACAACUCACCACCACCAUCGGCAGAUUCGGCACAAUGUUUUGCCUCAUUGCGAUGUUGCCUGAAAAUUUUGAACAGAAGGGAUCACUGCUCAUGCUGGUGCAGCAAGACAUGUAA